UUCUUAGGAUUAUUUAUAUACUUUAGAAAUCUUGAAUGAAAAUUAUGUAAAAGAAAUGAUUGUGAUAAUAUUAAUGUUUAGCUAAUAAAUAUUUUUGUUUAUAUAAGCAAUUGAAAAAUAUGCUAUGUGAAUGGAGACUUGUAAGUUCGUUGAAAAGUCAACAAAUGUCGAAUCAUAAGUUUUGGGGAGUGUAACUGUAUCAUACUUGAUACUCCAAAAGGGACAAGUUGAAGGAAUGGUUGACAAUGGAAUAGAUGGAAUAGAGUUAUGUGUGGAGAUCGACCAUUGACUUGAUGAAUGGCGGAGAAUUAUGCAAUUAAUAUUCAAACAUAUUCACUUUAUCACAUAUAAAUUGUUUUCCAUGCCUCAUUACAUAUCUGUUCAUAUACCAAGCAAAUAAAACCAAACCAAACUAAACCGGAAGUUUGUGUCUCUAUAAAGUCAUCGUUAGCUACUAAAAUGGAGUGUUGGGUUGUGAGUCAGAGUAAAUCAUGGGUAUAUCGGUCCUUGAUGUUGAUGAUGAUAAAUAUUCUAAUGGUCGGGCAAACACAAGGAGAUUGUAUAGUAGAGGAGAGAAAGGCGCUACUCGAAAUCAAGGCCUCCCAUAUGAAGUCAUAUGAUUCUGAAAUUGACGAUUUUCUCCCUACUUGGGUUGAUUAUGGCAGUAGUACCCCUGGGGAUGGUGGCAGCGAUUGUUGUGAUUGGGAGAGGGUCAACUGCAACACAACCACCGGGCAUGUCAUAGAGCUUUCUUUGUACAAUUUGAGAGGAAUGGUAGAUGAAAACAUGGAGCUUGGGAUCCAGUUGUGGCCAUUGAAUGUUUCCUUGUUUCUUCAUUUUAGAGAGUUGACAAGUCUCAAUCUAUCAUAUGAUUUUCUUGAUAAAUUAGAGAUUAUGAAGACAGGACUUGAAAGGUUGUCGAGUUUGAAAAAGUUGGAGAUACUAGACCUCAGUUUGAAUUAUGAUAUUGAUAACGACAUUCUUCCAUCAUUGAGUACACUCACUUCACUCAAAAUCUUGGAUCUUAGCCACACAGGCUUGAAUGGAAACUACCCUAUCAGUGCUUUAGAGAACUUGGAGGUGUUGUCUCUAAGCUUUUGUUACUUUAAUAUUACCUUUGAGAUUCAAGAAUUAGCUCAUCUGAUUAACUUAAAGAAGUUGGAUUUAAGUAAUACCUGGUACCUUGGCACACCCAAUAUCCAAGACUGUAAGAGCUUAUCAAGAAUGAAAAGGCUGGAGAGUAUAAAUCUUUCUGGUAACAGUUUCAACAAGAGCAUCAUAUCAUGCUUAACUGCCCUCCCAUCCCUCAAGAUUCUUGAUCUAUCCUAUUCAACUUCACUGGGAACUUCCUUUCCUGUCCAAGGCAUGUUUACCUCAAAAGGAGUCAUCGUUAAAAAACUAAAAUACUAUAUUUCAUCUUCAUUAUUAUUUAUUAAUUUCUCUUUCUUGCUAAUUGUUUAACACGUCCUUCUAUGUAAUUCAGAGUUUAAUGAUUUGCGUGAUUUGGAAGUCCUCCUCUUGAGACGUAAUGGUUUCAGUGGAACACUUCCAAUGGAAGCUUUUGCAUCUUUCCGUCAUCUUGAGAUCUUGGAUUUGAGUGAAAACAGUUUUGUUGGGAGCAUCCCAUCAACAAUACAGGGAUUAUCUUCCCUAAGAGUUCUCUCAUUCGCUGAAAAUAGUCUUAAUGGCUCAUUAUCUGAUGAUGGAUUCUGUGAGUCAAAGAAUCUCCAGGAGUUGGAUCUUAGUAACAACAUGCUCCAUGGAAGUCUGCCUCUGUGUUUUGACAGUCUAACAUCUCUUAAGUUGUUGGAUAUUUCUUCAAACCAAUUCUCAGGGAUACUUAUGCCCUCACUCAUUGCUAAUCUCACAUCUCUCGAGUACAUUGAUUUUAGUCAUAACAUAUUUGAAGGUUCAUUCUCAUUCAGCUAUUUCUGCAAUCUUACAAAGCUUGAGGUAGUUCGAUUUAGAAGCGACAAUGACAGGUUUGAGGUGGAAACAGAAGAGGCUAUAGAUUGGAUUCCAAAGUUUCAGUUGAAAGUUCUUGCUCUAUCUAAUUGCAAUAUGAAUUUUCAUAAAGGACAUCUUGUUCCGGGGUUUCUACUUCACCAACACAAGUUACUAGAAUUAGACAUGUCCCACAACUCCUUGGAGGGGGAUUUUCCAAAUUGGUUGAUUGAAAACAAUACGAAUUUGCAAGUUCUUAAUCUAAGGAACAACUCCUUUGACAGUUUUCCACUGUAUUGGAAUGCUAAUAUGAAGUUGUUGGAUUUGUCUGGAAAUCACAUGAAAGGUACUAUUCUAAACAAUAUCCCAAAGUUCUUUCCAAACAUAAAUCGUUUGAAUUUGUCCAGAAACUCUUUAAGUGGUGCUAUUCCUCCGUCAUAUGGUGAUUUGAGCAGAUUACAAGUACUAGAUUUAUCCGAUAAUGAGUUAUCAGGAGAAGUACCAAAGGAAUUGUUUACAAACCUCUCUUACCUGGAUAUAUUGAAACUAUCAAGGAACAACUUGCAUGGGGAGGUACUCUCAGGAAACCUAAGCUGGGGUAACCACCAAUGGGUUUACUUAGAUGGCAACCGUUUCACAGGGAAAAUCGGAAUUAAGAGCUGGGAGGAAAAUCUUGAAGGUUUGAGAGCUCUUGAUAUUAGCAAUAACUUAUUUACAGGUGUCAUUCCUAGCUGGUUAAGCAAUAUGAAAUACCUGUCUGAACUUGUGGUGAGAAAUAAUAGUUUGAAAGGUCGGUUUCCUUGUGGAACAGCUCCAUUCUCGUUUCUGGAUAUCUCACAGAAUUCUUUCUCCGGGCCCAUCCCAUCCUGCUUAAAUUUGCAAAAUAUGGAGCAUCUUUAUUUGGGUUCCAACAGAUUUACUGGAUCAGUUCCUCUUUCCUUUGGUAAUUUGACUAAGGUUUUGAUUUUGGACAUAGGCAACAACAAGUUGUCGGGCGGGAUUCCCGAAUUUCUUGGCGAACUAUCCGAUUUAAGGAUUCUUGUUUUGAGAAAUAACAACUUUAGCGGUUCUAUUCCGAAGCAAUUAUGCCAAUUAAGUAAUGUGAGUUUGAUAGAUUUAUCCAGUAACUCUCUUUCUGGUUCAAUACCUAGAUGCCUUCAAAAUAUUACAGGCCCACGUUACCUUGCUUUCAUUGAAAGAAUGAUGAGUCAGUCUUUCACGGAUUUCACUUACGUGGAUGGAAGUGAUCCUCAGAGGGGGCUUUCUAUCAACUUCUAUCCCGAAGUGAUUGAAACACGAGACGAAGUUCAGUUUACAACAAAAAGCAUGUCUCGUCCCUACAAAGGCAAUAUUCUUGAUUACAUGGCAGGAUUGGAUUUAUCGUGCAACAAACUGACAGGUAAAAUCCCUGAAGAACUGGGGUUUUUGACCCAGAUUCUUGCUUUGAACCUGUCUCACAAUCAGCUGACUGGACCCAUUCCAGUGAACUUCUCAGAUCUUGCUAAACUGGAGAGCUUAGACCUUUCUUCAAAUGGUUUGACUGGCAAAGUUCCAUCAGAACUGAUUGAGCUGACUUUUCUAGGAGUUUUUAAUGUUUCUCACAACAAUCUGUCGGGUAGACUCCCAGACAUGAAACAGCAGUUUGGUACCUUUACAGAGGCGUGCUACCAAGGCAAUCCGCUUCUUUGUGGACCACCACUGGAGAAGAAAUGUGCCACUGAACCACAUGUAACAACACAUCCAUCUCUCGAAGAACAAGGCACUGAGAAAUGGUAUGAAAUUGAUAUCGUGUGUUUCUAUGGAAGUUCUAUUUCAACAUUGGUUGUGUUUUUAUUGGGAUUUGUUGCCCUUAUGUACGUCAAUCCUUACUGGCGCAGAAGGUGGCUAGACUCUGUUGAAGAAUGUAUGUAUACAUGCUAUUACUUUCUUUAUAAUUCAGUAAAGAAGGCUUGUAUCAUCUUCCGUAAGUAGGACCUGAUUAUUUAGAAAGAGUGAUGUAUGCAAUAAGACUAUGUAAACCGGUUAAAUUUAUGGUAGGCAACAUAGCUGAAUCUAUUAUUGCUUAGAAUCUGUUAUGAAACAAAUUCUGUAUUGCUUUCUUGUAUUGAUUAUUUGAAGUUUGAACACCUUUGCUUCGGCUGGUGUCUAGGUAAUGAAUGUUUAUAAGCUAUAAA